AUGUUCAAAGAUUCCGUAUUCAUUAACAAUUUGGCUGCCACCGCUAUCACGGGGAAGGACGCUUGGAACAGACCAACUCCGCAACCAUUGACCAUUUCUGUAGACCUUAAAACUGAUUUUCAUAAUGCAUCUCUUACUGAUAACUUGAAGUAUUCAUUAAAUUACGCUGUGAUCUCGAGAAGCAUCUCGGAGUACAUGAAGCAGAAUGAGCAUAGAAACUUUAAAUCAUUGGCAAACAUUGGCGAAUCGAUUAGCGAGGUACUAGGGAAAACAAAUUCCAACAAUGAGAUUAACUAUGAUGCUACAAUUAGUGUUAAGAGCGAAAAGUCAGAGAUUAGGGCUGAUUCUGUAGAAUUUGUAUUGAAUCGUAAGAGAGAUGGGGAACCAAUUGUGGGGAUCUCUGAUCAAUACAAAGUAAAUAAGCUUAGAUUACUUACCAUUAUUGGGGUAUUCACAUUCGAAAGAUUACAACGCCAAAUUGUAGAUGUGGAUUUGACCAUUGACCUUGCAAAGUCCGGUGGAUCUGAUAUCAUUUAUAUUCAUCAAGUAAUUGAUGAUAUUGUUCAGUAUGUGGAGAGCUCUAAUUUCAAAACUGUCGAGACUUUGGUUAUGAAAAUUGGACAGUUAGCUCUUCAAGGAAGGAGUGAUCAAAUAAGGAAUGUUUCAGUGAAAGUGACCAAGCCAAAUGCUAUCACUUACACUGAUGGAGUAGGUGUUACAUCUGAUAUGACUCCAAGUAGUUUCCAAAAUGUGGAGCCAAUUUCAGCUACUUUGAAGGCACCAGGACAGCAUAAUUCUUCUGCAUUCAAUUUGUUUACUACUGAAGUGGAUUCUCAUGUUGAUAAGUCGAAAGAGCAUAUCGCAUACGUCGCUUUUGGUUCAAAUGUUGGAGAUCAAGUAGGAAACAUCAACAAAGCAAUUGAUUUGCUUAAGUCUAACGGUGUAUCGGUUGUUUCCACUUCUUCUAUGUACAUCUCCAAGCCGAUGUACGUGAAGAAUCAGGCUGAUUUUUACAAUGGGGUUUUAAAGAUUUCAUUCAGAAAUUUGUCACCACAUGAAUUGUUAGAAUUAUUGAAAAAAAUUGAAUAUGACGAGAUGGCAAGAACUAAAGAAUUUGAUAAUGGACCUAGAUCUAUCGACUUAGAUAUAUUGUUAUACGAUGAUAUUGUUCUCACCUCGGUAGAUUUGAACAUUCCACAUAUUUCAAUGCUUGAAAGAACCUUUGUUUUGCAACCUUUGUGUGAAUUGAUUGUGCCUGAUUUCUUACACCCGGUCAGUGCCGAACCUAUUCAUAAUCACCUCGCCCAACUCCUCAACAGCGGUGCAAAUGAUGAACUGGUUCAAGAAUCUGACAAAUUGCUACAAAUAAUUCCAAUUCCAAACAGAAAUGAUGUACUUAAAUUUGAUCAGUUGAAUUUUCAAUCUAAAACUAUUAUUAUGGGAAUUUUAAACAUAACUCCUGAUUCUUUUAGUGAUGCUGGACAAAAUUAUGACAUCCCAGAAGAGGAAGUGUGUAAGAGAGCAUUGAAGAUGGUUGAAGAUGGAGCUACAAUUCUUGAUAUCGGUGGUGUAUCUACCAGACCAGGUUCCAUGGAACCAACCGAAGAAGAAGAGAUUGACAGGGUAUUACCAGUUGUGAAAGCUAUCAGAAGCCAUGUAGACCCAGAUUUAUCUGGAGCUAUAAUUUCUAUAGACACUUACAGAUCUGCUGUAUCUGAGCAAUGUUUACUAGCUGGUGCAGAUAUCAUUAAUGACAUUUCUAUGGGAACUCUUGAUAGUAAGAUGUUUCAAGUUGUUGCAAAAUACGGGUGUCCAUAUAUCAUGAACCACACUAGAGGCACCCCAAAAACCAUGUCUAAGUUGACAGCUUAUCACUCUAACACCAAUGAGGAUAUUAUAGAGUACUGUAUCGACCCCAGGAGAGGCCAAAUUGAAGAUGAAGCGCAUUUAAACACUGAAAGCAAAAAUCUUACCAAUGGAGUUUCAAGAGAAUUGGCUUUGCAGAUGCAGAAGGCAUUCGAGACUGGCGUUAAAAAGUGGCAGAUUAUUUUAGAUCCAGGCCUUGGUUUUGCUAAAACGCUUCCUCAAAACUUGAUGAUCAUUAAGCAUGCAUCAUUCUUUAAAAGAUACAGUGUUUUAAUCAAUGAAAGGGGAGAAACACCGGAUCUUAUUAAGCAUUCGUACCUUAGUUUCAACGGUCUUUCAACUCUUUUAGGACCAUCCAGAAAGAAGUUUUUGGGUACAAUUUGCAAUGAGGAAAAUGCUAGCGAUCGAGUAAUUAGUACCGGAGCAUCCAUCAUGGCAUGCAUAGAACAAAAUACGGACAUUGUUAGAGUCCAUGAUGUUAAAGAGAUGAAAAAGGUUUGUUUGACCGGAGAUGCAAUUUAUAGAGAUAUAUAUUAG